AUGGCGAAAGGGUACAGCAUCUUCAUCGGCCUCGUCAUCGUGGCCGCCUUUUGCCUUGCGGCGUGGUUCCUGUCGCCCAAGGGCGAGAACCAGACCACCUGGCGCUCCUCCCUGAUCAUCGCCUUCAUCAGCUGCUACCUGAUGUGGUUCAUCACCUUCCUUGCGCAGCUGCACCCGCUGAUCGCGCCGCGCCGGGGCGACAUCAAGGAAGGGUACCAGUUUGAAUGA